UGCACAUACAUUUCAGUUAUUCUCAUAAGUUUUUAUCGAAGUUAAGUUUUAAGCAUUUUAAAUAAAUACUCCAAAUUGAUUGUUUUUUAAUUCAAGCCAUGGCGUCUCUCGAAUCCGUUCUUGUCGCUGGCCUGGUGCAUCUCUUCUUUCGCUUUGCCUUGUACAUUACACCGCAGUCCACGUACCUGACGCCCGGCCCGGCACUGCCCACAAUAAUUGUCGGUGUGGCUAUAUUGGAUCUGAUCUAUGAUUACCGCAUUGUUCCCUUGAGCAUGUAUAAGAGGGCACGGGGCAUCAAAUAUAUUUGUGAGUGCUUGGUGGCAAUACUCUUCCUGGAGGUGGGCAUGCUCAUAUUCUGGCAGACGAUCGAGCAUCUUGUUUAUUUAAUUGCCAAGAUGCUGUUGCUGGAAAUGAAUAUUGUCAGCCUCGAUUACUAUUAUCGACAUGAAACUUUCAUAAUUGGCUUGUUCACAUUGCCGAUAUCUCUGGGGUUUCUGGCCCUGGUAGCGGGGAUUACCAACCAUUUCAAGAUGCUUUCUCGUCGCUAUAUGUCGCCCCAGACACAUGUCUACCUCCGCUUGGACAAUACGGUUCGCUUUCUGAGGCACACCGAUCGCUACAAGAAUAUUAGGUGCAGGGAGGCUUUCGAGAAAUACAAUUCGACUGGCAACGAUCCCAAACGUAGAUCCGUAUGGGUGAGAUACUUUCAGAAUUAUACGUAGGUAAAAUAUGUACAUAAUUUGAGUUUCAUUAAAUUGUUUUGUACUUUUAUA